UUUUAGUAGCGUCAAGACAAAAAAACUUUGAUCAUUCAAGUAAAAUAAAAGCAAACAGAAAAAAAAAACUUAAAACCAAAAAUGAAAGUGAUAAUUGUCAUAUUUCUUGUUACACUUAUUGCGAUGGUAAAUUGCGUGGAUCAAAACCGGUGGAUAAGAGCAUCGGAUGCAACUUCUGAACCAACUAGCUCAACUCCAGUUCCAAAGCCACCGGUUGACUGUGAUGUUCAGCCUGAUAACGAAGACGAGGCAAUCCUGUUGCCCAAUCCCGUGAGCUGCGGGAGUUACUACGUCUGCGUUGGAUUACAGCCGAUUUUAAUGCCUUGUCCUAGCGGACUUCACUUCAAUCCUCAAUUGAGAGUUUGUGAUUGGCCAGACUUUGCUAACUGUACUCUUCAAUUUUAAUUGUGCACUUACUUGUUUCACUGUUAGUAAAAUAAUAGUUCUAAUUUUUGGUUCAACUAUAGAAUAUUAGUUGAUUAUG